CGAUCGUGCCCAUCCUCCUGAAAAACACAGCGCCGCUUCUCUGUCGUCGCCUCCGCUCGUGUAGGCCAAGCCAAGCCAACCGCGUCAUCUUAUCUCUCUCCCAUCAUUUCAUCUGAUCUAUCGUCUCAUCUCCUAUCUUCCCCUCUCCUCCCCUUCUUCUGCCUGCAGCGACGGGAGAGAAGCAAAGACGAGGAGCUGCCCCCUCCAUGUCCGUCACACCGUUCGUGCUCCUGCCUUGCAAGAUUCUUGAGCAAGGCUGCACCUACGUCCAAGAAAGAAGCUUGCCAGGGCAGAGGGGAGACAGAGAGCGUCCAAGGCCUUGCCGCUUGCCGCUUGCUCGUCUUGUUUCAGUUCAGAGCUGAGCUAGCUGAUUGAUCGUGAACAGAGUGAUAGUUUCGUUGGAUUGGGUGAGUUCCAUGCAUGGAUGGCAAGGAACUCAUCUCACAGUCCGACCUGCAGUCCUUCUACGGGCAGCAGCAGCACAGGGCGCUGGGCGGCGGGCAUAGCCCGUCCCCGCUCGCCGGGAUGCACUCCGUCAUCCGCCCCAUGCCCAACAUGAGCAUGAGCGCCACGGCGAUCCUCAACUCCAUCGGCGGGGGCUCCCUCGCCGGCAUGCAGUUCCAUAUGGACCCCACGCCGCCGCCGCCUCCAUUGCUGCACAACAACAGCAUGAGCUCCGUCUCUGGCUCUGGUUCUGGCACUGUGCCGGCCGGGCCGCCUGCUGCGAAUCACGCGGAGCCGGUCAAGCGGAAGAGAGGAAGGCCACGUAAAUACGGGCCUGACGGGGCUAUGAAAGCGUCUGCGGCGGCGCAGCAGCAACACCUGGUGAGCGCUCCGCCAAGGAUGGGGUCCAUGUCCGGGCAUGACAUGGUGGCCAGCUCGGACCUGGAGGACCCGGCACAGAAGAAGCGGCGUGGGCGGCCGCCUGGGACGGGGAAGAAGCAGCAGCCCUCGACGUCUGUAGGCAAUGCGUUCGCUGGUUCAGCUGGGACGAGCUUCACUCCGCACAUCAUCACAGCAUCUCCUUCAGAGGAUGUUGCAGGGAAGAUCGCCGCAUUCGUGAACCAGUCGUCAAGGGCGGUGUGCGUCCUCUCGGCGAUGGGCUCCGUCUCCAGGGUCGUCCUACGCCACCCGGCAGAUGCCUCCCCUAUGUCAAGGGUUCAUGCGUCUCAGCCUUACAAGAACCCUUCCAUCUACGAGGGGUUCUAUGAAAUCCUGAGCCUGUCCGGCUCUUACAAUCUGAACGAGGGAUCACAGAGCCAACAGAGCGGCGGGCUCAGCGUCACGCUCUGCAGCCCCGACAGGAAUGUGAUUGGAGGAGUUUUGGGUGGACAACUAGUCGCAGCCAGUAUGGUGCAGGUGGUGCUAGGGACUUUUCACCAGGCUGGGUCCAGACCAAAGUCCAAGAAAGCCGGGAAGCAGCCGGCCUUCAGCUCCGACUCCCUGACCGGCGGGCAAGAGGCGUCGCCCAGCUCUGGGCAUAACCAAAAUCUAACGCCGCCAUCUGUGACAGGAGGGUGGCCUAGCUCUGGGAUAUUUGACACGCGAAGUUCCAGCAUUGAUAUCAACUCAUCUAGAGGCUAGCUCAUUUGUCGACAAUUCCAGCUCUCAAGAAUUUUCUGUUUGGAGAAGAAUAUCAAAACCAUACUUUGAAAUAGCGUAUUCAGUUUUUUUAGUAAAUUCUUAUAGAUUCACUAGGCAGUGUUCAAUGUUAUGUUAUUCGAAUCCGACUAUCUUCUUCCUAUGAAAGAUAUGUCAUUCCCAAUUAUGCAUAUAUUGUACUAUUUUUUUCUCAA